AGCGGGGCGUGGCCGCGCUGUCAGCCUGUAACCCGCGCGGCGGGCCGCGGGGCCGUGCGCGGCGAUCCCCGGACGGGAAGGAGAGGGUCCCGGCCUCAGGCUUCAGGUGUGGGCGGGAGAGAACGGAGCCCCGGCGGGGUGAGCGGCGGCGGGCCAGCGCGGGCUUCCAGGCCUGGUUCCCGGCUCCAUGCCGCGGGAGCCUGCCCUCCUCUUCCUCCGCGGGCGGGUCUCUCGGCCGCCCCGUGGGCGGGGACGCUGGAGGUUGACGCCGUCCCUGCCCCUGCUGUCUCCGGCUCGGCCUGGCCCCGGCCGCAGCGCGGGCCUUCUUCAGCGCCACGCGCCCUUGCCCCGAGACCCAAACCUGGAGCCGCGGGGUGGCGGCCCUCCGCCUUCCCGUAUCCGGCUCGUCUCCGUUCCGGGGGCCACCUGCCCGUUCGGGACGCCGUCACCUAGCUCGCCUCCCUGCUUCCCCUGUUGUCCCCACGGUCAUUAACAUGGUCUGAAACGCGGGAAUGGGUCACAGCAGGCCUCUGCUUACAGCCUUGCCAGCUGGCCGGGCGUCUCCCCGUGCCCUCCUGCAGCUCCAGACGCUGGCCCUGCCCACUCCUUCCGUCUAGGGCCCAGUCUAGGCGGCCCUCCAAGGGUCUGUCCCUGACCCACCUCCGAACCAGCUCUCCCUUCUCGUGCAGCCUUCCAGGCACUGCACACACUCUGUAAUUAGCUCUUCCCUGCCCUGCCUGCCCGGGGUAGAAUAGGAGGGCAUCGAGGGCACAGACCCUGGGCACAGCGACAUCUCCAGUGCACCCUUCAGUGCGCGAACCAGUGAGUUCAUGGAUUGGACUCCGGCAGGUUACUUUGCUGGGGAAGCGUUGAGCUCAAGAUGCCGGUUUUCAAAUUUGCUGGGGACAGUCUAUCGGUGUGGAAAUUUGAAUUUUACGUGCGAUGGAAAUUCAGUGAUCAGUCCUGUGGGAAAUAGAGUCACUGUAUUUGACCUUAAAAACAACAAAUCCAACACUCUGCCCUUGGCUACUCGGUACAAUGUCAGGUGUGUAGGGCUGUCCCCAGACGGCCGCCUGGCCAUCAUCGUUGAUGAAGGGGGGGACGCGCUGCUGGUCAGCCUGGUGUGCAGGUCCGUGCUUCACCACUUCCACUUCAAGGGCUCAGUGCACAGUGUCUCCUUCUCUCCUGAUGGCAGGAAGUUCGUCGUCACAAAAGGCAACAUCGCUCAGAUGUACCAUGCUCCCGGGAGGAAGCGGGAAUUCAACGCGUUCGUCCUGGACAAAACCUACUUUGGGCCGUACGAUGAGACCACGUGCAUCGACUGGACAGACGACUCCAGGUGCUUUGCGGUCGGGAGCAAGGACAUGUCCACGUGGGUGUUUGGAGCUGAGCGCUGGGACAACCUCGUCUACUACGCGCUCGGGGGGCACAAAGACGUGAUCGUGGCCUGCUUCUUCGAAUCCAGCAGCCUAGACCUGUACACACUCAGCCAGGACGGCGCCCUGUGCGUGUGGCGGUGUGACACCCCCCCGGAGGGCCUGCGGCUGAAAGCCCCCGCGGGCUGGAAGGCGGAGCUGCUGCAGGGGGCACGGGACGAGGACGAAGAGGAGGCGGAGGAGGAGAACGCCGUCCGGGCGAAGGCCGCGCCGGCUGCCGCGGAGCAGCAGGGAAAAGUGAAAUACUCUCGGCUGGCCAAGUACUUUUUCAAUAAAGAGGGAGAUUUUAACAAUCUGACAGCCGCGGCGUUUCACAAGAAGACCCACCUCUUGGUCACUGGCUUUGCCUCUGGGAUCUUCCACCUUCACGAGCUCCCCGAGUUCAACCUCAUCCACUCCCUGAGCAUCUCUGAUCAGAGGAUCGCUUCCAUCGCUCUCAAUGGGUCCGGAGACUGGAUCGCCUUUGGCUGCUCAGGCCUGGGCCAGCUGCUGGUGUGGGAGUGGCAGAGCGAGUCCUAUGUGCUCAAGCAGCAGGGCCAUUUCAACAGCAUGGUGUCCCUGGCCUACUCCCCCGACGGGCAGUACAUCGUCACCGGCAGUGAUGACGGCAAGGUCAAGGUGUGGAACACUCUCAGCGGCUUCUGCUUCGUCACGUUCACAGAGCAUUCGAGUGGGGUCACUGGCGUGACCUUCACGGCCACUGGCUAUGUCAUUGUGACCUCUUCCAUGGACGGGACUGUGCGUGCCUUUGACCUUCACAGGUACCGGAACUUCCGCACCUUCACGUCCCCGCGGCCCACCCAGUUCUCCUGCGUGGCUGUGGACUGCAGCGGGGAGGUCGUUUCUGCCGGGGCCCAGGACUCCUUCGAGGUCUUCAUCUGGUCCAUGCAGACAGGCAGGCUCCUGGACGUGCUGUCUGGUCACGAGGGUCCUGUCAGCAGUCUGUGCUUUAAUCCCGUGAGAUCGGUCCUGGCCAGUGCCUCCUGGGACAGGACCGUGCGCCUGUGGGACAUGGCGGACAGCUGGAGGACCACGGAGACGCUGGGCCUGACCUCGGACGCUCUGGCUGUGACCUUUCGCCCUGAUGGUGCGGAGCUGGCUGUGGCCACCCUGAACUCCCAGAUCACCUUCUGGGACCCUGAGAACGCCGUGCAGACGGGCUCCAUUGAGGGCAGGCAUGACCUCAAGACGGGCAGGAAGGAGCUGGAUAAGGUCACCGCCAAGCACUCAGCCAAGGGGAAGGCCUUCACCACUCUGUGCUACUCUGCGGACGGCCAGAGCGUCCUGGCGGGAGGGAUGUCCAAGUUCGUGUGCAUCUAUCACGUCAAGGAGCAGAUCCUCAGGAAGAAGUUUGAGAUCUCCUGCAACCUCUCCCUGGACGCCAUGGAGGAGUUUUUGAACCGAAGGAAAAUGACAGAGUUUGGCAACCUGGCGCUAAUCGAGCAAGACGCUGGGGUGGACGGAGCUGUGAUACCACUGCCGGGUGUAAAGAAAGGUGACAUGAGCUCUCGGCACUUCAAGCCUGAAAUCAGGGUGACAUCGCUUCGCUUCUCUCCCACCGGGCACUGCUGGGCGGCCACCACCACCGAGGGGCUCCUCGUCUACUCCCUGGACACCCAGAUGCUGUUUGACCCAUUUGAACUGGACACCGGCGUCACCCCCGUGAGGAUUCGGGCGGCCCUGCGCCAGCAGGACUACACCAGGGCCAUUCUCAUGGCCUUCCGCCUCAACGAGAGGAAGCUGCUGCAGGAGGUGCUGGAGUCGGUGCCCUGGGACGAGGUCGAAGUUGUCAGCUCCUCGCUUCCUGAGUUGUACGUGGAGAAAGUGCUGGAGUUCUUAGCUUCAUCCUUUGAAGUGUCUCGCCACUUGGAAUUCUACCUCAUAUGGACUCAGAAAUUGCUCCUGGUGCACGGGCAGAAGCUGAAGUCCAGAGUGGGGAAGGUGCUGCCGGCCGUUCAGUUCCUUCAGAAGAGCAUCCAGCGGCACUUGGACGAUGUCUCCAAGCUGUGUGACUGGAACUGCUAUAACAUCCAGUACGCUCUGGCCGUGUCCAAGCAGCGGGGCCUAAAACGCCCCUCCGAACCGCUGGGAAGCGACGAGGAAGCAGACGCGUCCGAUGACACUCUGCACCUGCUCGGCGCAGGACAGGGGGAUGGGGACGGGCAGCUGGUGUAGGGCCGGCCCCGUUCCCAACCCUGCUUGUUUCGGUUAAGACCCCCGAAGAGACGGAGCCCCGUGGCCUGCGCCCGGGAAGCGAGUGGGAGGGCGGUGCAGAGACACCCACGUGGAGGACUCGCUUUUCCUGUAGGCGCCAAACACGGCUGCAGCGCCGGGGCCAGCCGCCCGCUCCCCAGGCCAGCACCGGCUUGGCACACGGGCCUGGGGACCCGCGUGGUGUGAGCAGAAUGAACGUUGUUUGUCUACUGUUGGAAACGCCUCUCUAGAGACGUGAAUGGGGUCGUUUUUAUAGACUGGAACUUUGUAUGACCGAUAUUUAUAUUUUUAAUACAGUUUUGAUGAUAGAGAUGAAAAAAUGAGGUUUUGUGAGAUAAAAGUACGGAUUGAAUCUGAA